AUGCAACUUCUGUUAAUUUCGUUAAUACCGCUACUGGCAGCUCAAUACCAGCAAGCUGUACCUUUUUAUUCGAAUUUCGACAAUAAACCAAUCAGCUUAGACCAGGUUUGUAAAUAUAUUCUCUAAAAACUUAGAAUUUAGCGUUUAAAUUUCGUCAAAUUGAUAUGAUCAAAAACAUCUAGAAAUUAAAAUGUUCCAAGUACGAAAUUACAGACUGGAAGAGUAGACAUCACGCACGUAAGCGACCAGUUCGGCCAAGGUUUCACGGAAUAUGAAGGUUUUGAAAAGUUCUUUUUGGAUAUUUUUGUGUCUUAUAUUUUGAAAAAAGUUCUAUAAAAAAUUAUGGUUGACAAUUAUUAUUUGAUAUAGGGAUUUCAGUUCUAUGAUCCGUUCGAAUGACAGUGAAAACUUCUGCGGAAACUUCGAAUAGUUCAUUUAAAUUCACAUUUAUUUUUGAAAGGAUAUUUCUCGAUUUCGAACUAAUACGGGAAAGUUUUUCUAUCUCACUUUCUAUAGAAGUGUUACAACGGAUCUUUUCGUUUUGAAUAGCCACGAUUUCGCAAUUUUUCGAUUCUUGUUCAGGCAAUCUUGUGCGAUAUGGCGUCGAGUUCGGCGACGAGGUCAUCCGCGACAACCAACGACAGAACGGCAAACUGAUACGGCUCCACAAUUUCUUUCCUUUUUACGGUGCUCGUUACAACUACACUAUGGUGAGCAAGUGGAGAAUUCUGGCAGUUUUGGAUGUUUGAGAUCUCGACGAACGGGUUCAUCAGCUUCGCUCAUUUUUCGGACGACUCUUCGACUUUAAAGCUCGGACUCGACGUUGAUUGGCCGACGCAAAGUGAUCCUGCCGUCAUCGCUCCUUACCUCUGCAAGUGUGUUCUGAUAUUCCUCUUCUCAAUAACUACUGUUUGUAAAAUAAAGUGCAAGAAUAGUUCGAAAAGUUUUUUCUCAGUUUUGAUCUGAGCUUUUGAAGAGAAAUUAUAACGUGCUACAGUUUCUUUGUAGACAACGAAUCCAGAAUGGACUUGGGGCCGACUCAGCUGUGUAUUACCGGCUAGAAGUGCGGAGUUCUGCGGCUCGCUCUAAUCCGAUCCCGUUGGCAUCGGAGAGCCGCUCCAGAUGUUUAGGCAAGCAGGAACACGUCCGAUGCGACGCCCAGAGUGACCAGUUUCUCGACGCCAUGCAACGGGCCUUGCAGCGUUAGAAUGAUGUGCGAUUUCUGAGGAACAGAUGAUUUCAGAAGGUGUCGCCGGUGCGUCGACUUUCCGAGCCGAAGCGGCUUUAGUUGUCACUUGGAAAAACUUGCGGCCCAACAUCGGCAGCGAGGAAGAACUCAGCACUUUCCAGCUCGUUUGGCUUACCGAUGCCCAGGUAUGGUCACGAAUCUCCCCUGCUCUUCAUUGAAGUUCAAGUCAAAUUGAAAAAAUUGAAAGUUCGAGAAGGUAAACAUAAAAAGCUAAAAAGAUGAGUCUGAUACUUUCUGGCCGUGAUUCCCAGCCUCGUUGGUCCAAGUGUUUUUGUGAAUAUCUGCUACACUGAAAAAGCUUAUUGAAGCAUUUUAGAAAAUAAAAUUUUUCGGUUGAUUACGAGUAAUCCGUAGGAUAAUCAUCAGGUCAACUAUUUAGGGUUUGCUCUCGUACACAAUGAUCAACUACUACAAACUCGGCUAUGAAGCAGCUGACAUGAACGGAAACUCUCGAACGGGAAGAUGUCAGGUUCGAAGAGUUGAUCAGGAGUUGAGCUUUGAGGUAUUCAGGCGAUCUUCAACGGCGGCAACCACACCGGAUCUGUGCAGGUCGACCUCUCGGAACAGACUAAGCAGCAGCCUUCUUCUCUUGCCCAUCGAUCCUCUAUUCCUCACGUCGCCAGGUGACUCCACAGGGAAACUUUUCAAGUCAAUAAAGGACUUUCAUAAUUAAAGAGUAUACAAAUUAACUAAUUAAAAAAUAAUCAAAUGGAAUUAAAAAUGGGGGUUAGCACCGUCUAUUCAGGCAAUCUGUUCCUGCAGUCGUUUCCACUGAUCAGCUGUGAGAUUUAUUUGAUUGUUUUGUUUUUUGAUUCAAUGUAAUUUUCGUGCAGGUUGCGAAAUGGCGAAUAAACACUUAAAACUAAAAGUUCGAGUUCCAGAGGUCGAUAUGUGCAUCGUGUUGACGACGUCGUCAGACCGGCCGGAUGCAGCAACAAAACCGGAGGAACCUGUGGGUUCAGUAGGGAAGCAAUAAGAAGUUAGGGUUCCAGUUCCUCUGCUCAUUUAUCCAAACAUCGCGUCAAUGCUGGGCCAAACCAAGGUCGAUGUUAAUGGAUUGUGCCUGAACCCGUCUGAAACCUACGUACUAAUGAUUGAACAGCGCCAGGUGAUCUUAUCGACCCGCAUUGAUUUCAGAAUGAGUCUCCAGAUUGCCCCUUGCGAAAUCUUGAAUCCGUCGAUUGCGCGAUGCACUUUGCCCAAGAUUCUUGACUGGGGCACGAAGACAGUUUAUUUUCAGCCGCAGUCUGGCCUUUCGAACGAAGAAAAAGCCUACGUCGGCUUUAUUUACUUUGGUUUGCAAAGAGUUGGUCCGUAUUUUUCCAGUACAAAAGAAUGUUCUAGUUCCGCCGACGAUAGAUCCAAUGAGAUUGGACAUCGGGGAUUUGCACUCUUGGUACCUGAACCCUCCGCCAACACACAUGACCAUCAAAUGGUAAACCAGACAUUUUUCGCCUUUUCCUCCACGUCAUGCAGGUAUCCGCGAAACUUCACUCAGUCGCGAGUUCUGAGUCAAAACAACGAGGUCAAUUACUUUGACGACUCCAUUUAUAACUUUCCUAUUGGGCUGUACGUCGUCGGAUACAAAGAAGCCCAGGAUGUGCAAUUGAAAAAAUUUGUGCCGAAACAUCGAGUUCUGGCUAGGUGGGAUCAAAUCUCGUAGACGACUUUCUUUCGAACAUCUCCCUGCAGAAUGGCAACUUUCCAAAAUCGCGCAGAAGAGCAUUACCGCUGGCAUCCAUUGGUAGAGCACCCACAAAUCGAUCAAGUCGAGGAGUGGUUUUUGGGUCGAGAUGAGUUCAAAUCCGAGCUUUUCACCUAUAGGUUUAAUUUGUUAUGAUAUCAGUACUGAAAAAGAAAUUUGAGGUUUGGAUACCUAAAGCUGGCGCCUCUUCACCAGUCUGCGGAAUCGGUGUUUGUAGAUCCCCAUCACGGAAGGAACAUUGAGCUCGACGAAGGGUCCGCAGUCGCUUUUUGCCACCCAUCUUCCUGCUUUCAGAAUGGUUUCUUCUCCAAUUUCGCUUCACUGGCUCUGGACGUUGCCUUCGGAGGGAGAAUACCGCGGGAGCAAGCAGGACCGCGAACAAAAGGCCAACUUCGUCAAGAACAAGGCAACCGAACCUAUUUCCGCUACUGCUCACAUCCUUAUCACAGGCUAGAGAAAUGUGUCAUGACUGGUACGACGAAGACGGCGCUCUCAACAAUUUUCUGCGCGAUACGGAGACCAACUCUUCGUGUCCAUGCAAAGUCGAGCAGGCCAGAAUGGACCUUGGCCGGUUCAUGCCACAUCCUCGCUGCAGCACCGUCAGUCCUCCGUUUCUUACGGCUUAGCGUCAGAAGGUUUACAGCUGUUCCGAGACGUUUCUUGCACUGAAACCCUGGGUUCGAUGAACUGCUUCAUGUCGGCUCAGAACGUGCGGGGAUCUGCUCAUCGCAGGACGAAGCAUGGGACUGAGAGCAGUUCCUACAGCACUCACUACGGACAAACGUGCUGCUACGACGCCAAAGGCUUCCUCAUGCAGUCCUCUUACCAGCCUAUCAUAAAGGUCGACGACUCGACGCCCUACUCGCCGGGCUUUCCCACGCGCGCCUACGAAAUGGGCAGUGAACCUUUUCAAGGAAUGUUCGAGGUGACUCUUUUUGUUUCGAAAGUAAUACUUCAACGGCUCCAAGAAGAAAAAAAACGUGAUUCUCAAAUGAUACAAGAAAUGGUUUGAGUCUUGAAAAAACAGGGUAUAGAAUCAGCCAUACGAAGGCUAAAAAUAAAAAUUAGAAAUAGAUAUUCUUAAAGAGCUUUCCAUUACAAAAAUAAACCGCAAAGAAAAGUGAGUUUUGAAGUUGAAUCAAUCGACUAUUGGGUCAACCAUAUGAAGCCCCAAAACCCAGUUUACAGUGUAAACGUAUCAAAACGGUAUCAUAAUUCGAUAAAAAAUGUUUUAAAGUCCUGAAGACGUUGUUCAAUGCAAAACGAUUUGUUCAAAAGAGGUUAACUUGGCCUGGGAAAAUAAUGAAAAAACGAAACCAAUACAAUCCAUAUACGUGUUUCUAUCAAGAAAGACUAGGGAACAUUCAGGUUCCCGGUCUGUCCAGCUUCCACCACGACCUGAUGCCCUACUACCUUUGCUGCAAGUUUGCUGACUUCCGCUGCCAGAUGUUCUACUGGCGUCGUCCGUCGAGCGCAUGUCAAGCCUACGAGCCGCCUGUCACAGGUUCUAUCCGCCACGACAGGGUUUCGUAUGAGUUUUUGGCUUCAGGAUCGAUUCAAGGUGCCGGAAUAAUCUCGACACUCAAUAACCGCAACCUCAUUUUCAACGAACCUGGCAUUUUCUCAUUCCUUCACGCUCACAAGACUCACUCGACGCCUGAGGUGCAGGUACAAGUCCGAAUGGAGAGAUUUCCAGACCGAAGCAUCGACUUUGGUGAGUUCAGCAGAUCGCUUGUAGAAAGGCUUCUUGUAGGGGCUCUGAAUAUCGAGCAGCGCGAUUUGGUCCAACCAACAAAUACAACCGUCGUCACUGGCGUCGUUGUCCAGAGCGAAGGAGCCGACAGGUUUCCACUUCGAGAAUCAUUCAUUUACAAUAUCUAGAUAUUUUUCUCUCGCUUUUUUCAUCCUUUUCGAAAUUACUUCGAUUAAAGUUUCAAUAUCUGAAAUAAUUCUUCAACUAUAAGCGGCCGAAACUCCUUCAAAGAUCGUGUUUUUUUUUUCGAAUUUUACCAGUGUCUGAUAUGAGGUCAGCGUUAAGAACUAAUAUAUACGAUGAUUUUAGUUUUACUCAAAAGUCCCAUUGUGAGUUCAAAUACAGCUUCAAUCAGAAGUCCAAUGAGUUUUUGAGAAAGUCUUUGUCUUUGUUGUCGUUAUUGAUGUUUUCCAUGAUGCUCUCAGUCCUCCAUUUGAAGGGUACACGUACUUCUGCGCAAAGAUACACGACGAGGCAGGUACAAGACGUCCAUAAUCAUCGGAAACGUCAUCCGCUACUUUGACAAUAUGCAUCUGCAGCGGUUCCGAGGUUCCUCUUUCUCUUUUUCAUAAAGUAAUUUGCAAUAGGAUUAACUGUGUACGUGAACAAUGUGGAAAAAGGCCAAGCAGAAAUCUUCGUCGUCAUCGACAAGGCUCAGAUCGGACUGCGAAUCCGAGAGUCCUACGCCAUAGACAUUGAUCGGUUCUUUGUGACUUCCGAGCUGAGAGUACUGGAAAUGUUGUGUUCAGGAAGUUCCAGUAUAUGGAGAGUCUUGGUUUGCUCGAUGUUCAGGUUUCCGUUCCUCCGCAGUACAAACUGGUUGGUUCUUUUCCGAUAUUCCCAAUUCUUGCAAACUUCUCGAGAAAAGUAUGAUUUCUACAAGAACACGAAUCGGAAGUCUUCAGAUUCGAAGUGAACAACUCGAUUUGGAUCGACCUCGCGUCGAAGGAUUGAUCAAUCCUUUCCCUGACGAGUCUUUUCAGGUUCAGUUUCCUUCUCAAGUCACCACUUUCUCUUUUCCUGUUGAUUCAGGAUUUCGGACAUUCGCAGUUGGCCUGGGGCGCAGUUAACGAUCAAGGAACCCGUCAACAACUCUUGCGAUGUGCGUUUUCUGACCAGAAAUCGUUGAAUUGUGUGUCUCAGACAUGGUCAAAGGCGAAGCAGAGACAAUGUCAGUGAAUCUCGCCCAGCAAAACGAUGACGUCACGGACCUUUUCACUUCCCGGAGUGACCAAGAGAAUCUUUUCCAGGUUCUUUUUUUUCGUAAUUUUCAUGAAUCAGCUUUCUUUUUUGAGUAUUUUUGAAAAGUUAUCAGAACAUAGGAUGAAAAUAAGGAAAAGACUGAAGCCGUGAGCCUAUUUUUGAAAGCUUCCUUCGUUUUUGAAAGGGAAGGGUGAAAUGAAAUUAGAAGGUUUAAAAAAAAAAUUGAAACAAAUUUUUUUCGAAAAUUUUUUUCAAGUCUAGUGCUCGAUUUUUCCAGAAAUUUUUCUAAUUUUUCAGGCUUUUGCUGAUCACUUUUUGAAGGGGCCUGUUUACAAAACACCUUCAGCACACAUGAGGUGAGAUUUCCUUUUUCUUUGUGAAUUUAGUAAAAUCAUUUUGCAGAAAUGAACAAAUUUUCAAGCCUGUUGAUGAAGUAAACUUUCGAGCUUUUUUAUCUUUUUGCAAAACACGUCGAGGUGGGUGAAAAUCCGCAGAGAAGUCUCAUGGAGAGUUGCAGCUGAGCCCGAGUACCUGAGUCGCGAAGAACGGAAGACCUACAGACGGUGUCCGACGGACCUGGCGGGUCUGGAGACGGAGUGCGGCAGCGACGUGCCUUGUCUCUUCGACGCGGUCAUGCUCCAGGUGUCCUUCGCGCGAGUCUUUCCUCAUCUCACACUUCUAGGCACGACUCCUAGGCGACGAAGCCCGCAACUCUUAUAACUACUAUCAGCGACACAGAUUCGAAGGCAUUGCUAAGUGUGGGAUCAGUUUCCUUUCUCCUAAAAUUAUUCAUUGAACAAAUUUAAGAUAAUAGUUGUGGGGCGAUGAACAUCGAGUUCCCAGAAUAUUUGAUCAAGGUUGGUUUUUUUUUCUUCGUAUUGAGGCGGAAAGUAAAAAAGCAAGCUGAAAAGUUCAAGAAGUAGUUCAACUACUUCCUAUAUAAAACUUUAGUAAAAAAGCCACGAAGAAAAAACGUGCAAAAAAGUUCCCUUUAGUUUUGUGAAUUUUGUUUUCUGCCCCGGUUUUCAUUUACAUCAAAUACCGCCGUUUCGAUGGCUAUAUGAAAAGCGUAUAUUUAAAUUUUCGUUUGAGGGACCUUCGAGUGGUGAACCAGCAUACUUGGAAGGGGACAAACUGUCCUUCAGCUGCUUCCAAACGCAUAUAAUUAAAGGCGACGCCGAGUUUACCUGUAAACAUUUGGGAUAUAAUAUUUCUCAUCAUAUAGAGUCUCCAGGUAGCAAAAGAUACAACGAGCACGACAGAACCUACCGAAUGCAAUGGACGAUGGGCGGCCAGCCGUGGUGCCGUCACAGAGCCAAAGACAACGUUCUGACCUGGCUGUUCUGGACGAGCGUGGUCAUCGCCCUUCUCACUGUCGUCAUAUCGAUCUUUGCCGUCUUCUGGUACAUCAAGCAGUCCCAUAAGAAUAAUAUGAAGAAGAAGCAAGAAGUCGCCAAAAACAGCCAUGAACUCGUUAGUUUAUUUCGUAUACUAGUUUCCUUUCUAAAAUUUUUUUCAGAUGCCGUUGAACAUGCCGCCAAGAAGCUCUUAUCUUCAAAAGCCGAUGAUCACUACCACGUCUUCUGAAAUCUUCUUUGAUAAAGAACCGCGAGGCAACGCUUCUUCUACGUCAAGCUCUUCACGAAGAGAUUUGUGCGUACAUUUAAAAUGUUUUUGAACUUUGGUUCCAUUCAGAAAACUCCCUUCAUACUCCUCUGGCACCACUUCUGCGAAUCAGAGAUAUCAACCACGUCGGGAACGCCCAGGAGAAAUAGCCGUCUGA